AUGAUGCUGGCUAUCCACCUUCGUAUGCUUCGACGUCUUUUCCGUCGUGAAGGCCAAAUUUCACUGGAUGCUAUGCCAGAGGCUUUGCUUCCACAGCCUGUCGUGGUAGCGCAGCAUGAGCGCUACUCCAAGUCGACGCGGUGGGCGAUUUUGCUGAUUGCUCUGUCGUUCUUUGUGUCAGGUAUCAUGAUCGCGGUCGGGGCGGUGCUACCGCCCCACAUCUGGCUCCCUGACACACAUGAAUGGGACUGCCUUGCUGUCCAAGCCGUCGGCGGUGCGUUGGCCUGGUUGCUCGUGGCGUUAGCUACGAUGCGCGAGGAGCGUAGGUACGGCGCAGGCCACUUCCGCCGUGAUCGUCUGAUGGCGUAUGUAUGCCUGAGCCUGGUAUGCGACUUGUUCUUGCUGUAUGUACAUGGCCACCAGUCCGCGUCCUCGGAUGUGCGCGUAUGGACACGCAUGCAGGUGGGCGUGUUGUUUGUGCGUAGUGUGCUUUUGUACCCCCUUGUUGCUUGGAUCGCGUACAAGGAGCGCGUGUGGUAUGUCCAGGCAGCCGCGUUGCCCACCGCCACGACCGAGGCGGGACCUUCGUCGGCCGCUGCGGCAGGCCCGAGCGCCAGCACGCCAGCGCCUGUUACGUCCCCUACGUUUUUCUCGCUGCUGAAGCGCGUGCGUGUGCUUGGCCCGUACUUGUGGCCCAGCAAGUCGCCACGGCUGCAAGUCAUGGCCGUCGUCUGUGUCGGUCUGCUGUUCACGGCGCGUGUGAUCAACUUGAUGGUCCCCAUUGCGCUGGGUCACGUUGUUGCCUCGUUGAGUGAGGGCCGUGAUCCAUGGCGUGCGAUUCUGACGUUUGCGCUCUUGAAGCUGUUCCAGGGCUCCGGUGGUCUUGUCACCGUGGCGCAGAACUUGCUGUGGUACCCCAUUGCAUGGUACUCGGAUGUGAACAUGAGCCGCUUGAUGUUUGACCGUGUGCUGAAUCUGUCGAUGUCGUUCCAUACGAAGCGAAAGACAGGGGAGCUGAUCCGUACUUUGGACCGUGGCUCGGCGAUCAACAACUUCUUUGAGUACCUCCUCUUCUCGCUGACGCCCGUAUUUGUUGAUAUCUUCGUGGCUGUGGCGUAUAUGUCCAUUGUGUUUGGGCCCUAUGUGGGCGCUGUGCUGCUGCUGAUUAUGGUCCUGUACACGUGGUGCAGUGUCCGUAUCACGACGUGGCGUACCCAGCUGCGCCGCGAGAUGAAUACCAAGGACUCGGCCUGCAAGGCCAUUACCACGGAUACGCUGCUCAACUACGAGACAGUCAAAUGCUACAGCAACGAGCAGUACGAAUCGAACCGCUUUGGCGAGGCGAUGGAGGCGUACCGCCAAGCGGAGUACCGCCUCGUGUUCAGUCUCAACAUGCUGAAUCUGAUCCAGAACGUGAUUUUGUCGGUGGGCACGCUGCUCACCGUCCUUGCUGUGGCCUAUACUGUGGUGCAUGGUCAGACUACGCCGUCGCAGUUUGUCGUGUUCAUUUCGUACCUGCAGCAGGUGUACCAGCCACUGAACAUGAUGGGCACACUGUACCGCGUCGUGAACCAAAACCUCGUGGAUACGGACAAGCUCAUGGAGCUGCUCGACGAGGAAGUCGAUAUCAAGGACGUGCCUGGCGCGCCUGACUUGCAUGUGGCACGUGGCGAGAUCGCGUUUGAGGAUGUGCACUUUUCGUACGACCAAGGCCGAUCGACUGCCUUGGACGGCCUUUCGUUCACGAUCAAGGCCCAUGAACGUGUGGCGCUGGUCGGUGAGAGUGGUUCAGGCAAGUCGACUGUGCUCAAGCUGCUAUACCGCUUUUACGAUGUGUCCCGUGGACGUAUUCUCAUUGACGGCCAGGACAUUCGCGAUGUCACGCAGCAGAGCCUGCGCAAGUCCAUCGGCAUUGUGCCGCAGGAGCCAUCACUGUUCAACAUGGACAUCCGGCACAAUAUCCAGUACGGCGACGUGACAGCCUCUGACGAAGCGAUCGAGGCAGCUGCACGUGCUGCGCAAAUCCAUGAUCGGAUCAAGGAAUUCCCCGAUGGCUACGAUACCGUCGUGGGUGAACGUGGCGUGCGUCUGAGCGGUGGUGAGAAGCAGCGUGUCGCGAUUGCACGCACGAUCUUGAAGAACCCGCCGAUUCUGCUGCUCGACGAAGCUACGUCCGCGCUGGACAGCCAUACUGAGCGGCAGUUGCAGUCCGCGCUGCAGACGCUCAUGCAAGGCCGCUCGUCCUUGACGAUUGCGCACCGUUUGUCGACUAUCAUUGACUGCGACAAGAUCCUUGUCGCUGAUCAUGGUCGCAUUAUUGAGGCGGGUACCCACGACGAGCUUAUCAAGCUGGGUGGCAAGUACAGCCACCUAUGGCGACAGCAGAGCAAGACGCAGGCCGAGCAGGCAGCGGAGGCCCAAGCCUUUGCGUCGACGUCCGCAACCGGCCCUGCCCCUGCGUUUGUGUCGGACAAGACCGGCGACUCGACUGCGAAGGCCGGCAAGGCCAGCACUGCGCCCAACGCCAAGGCUGAUGUCAACGCCGACAGCAAGCCUGCUAGCACGUCUGGCAAGGCCGAGGCCCACACCGAGACGACGGCUCCUCCUGAGGCUGCCGCCGCUACGCCCACACCGUCGUCACGCAAUGCCAAGCGCAAGCAUCGGCAUCGCCGCGGCAAGCGCUAG